UAUCCUCUCUCUCUCUCUCUCUUUGUGAACAAGAGCCAACUAAUUUGCGAUUUCAAUCAUUGAAUCAUAGCAUAGAGAACACACACAGAAGAAGAAGAAGAAGAAGGAAAAGUGCAAAUUAAUAAACCUGGAGAUUAACUAACACAAAAAGAUGACAUGGUGCAAUGACUCUGAUGAGGAGAGGGGCUUUGAAUCAAUCACGCCAACUAUGACUGUUACUCCUAACACUGAUGAUGCUCCCAUAAAACUCACCGAAGAAAUUCGAACCAUAACAUGCCCCUCGUGCGCCCAUAACAUUGAUUUCAAAGAUCAGGGUGGAAUUCAUGACUUGCCGGGGUUACCAGCUGGAGUGAAGUUUGAUCCGAAUGACCAAGAAAUACUAGAACAUUUGGAGGCAAAAGUGAAGUCUGAUGCAUGCAAGCUUCAUCCCCUUAUUGAUGAAUUCAUACCAACGCUUGAAGGGGAGAAUGGGAUUUGUUACACACACCCAGAAAAGCUACCAGGAGUUAGCAAAGAUGGACAGAUCCGCCACUUCUUUCACAGGCCUUCAAAAGCAUACACAACAGGAACAAGGAAGAGAAGAAAGGUUCACACUGAUGACGAAGGAAGCGAAACAAGAUGGCACAAAACGGGCAAAACUAGAGCAGUCUUAGCUGGUGGUGCAGUAGUAAAAGGUUUUAAAAAAAUACUAGUCCUCUACACCAACUAUGGCAGGCAAAAGAAGCCUGAGAAGACCAAUUGGGUGAUGCAUCAAUACCAUCUUGGCAGUAGUGAAGAAGAGAAAGAUGGAGAAUUAGUUGUUUCAAAGGUCUUCUACCAGACACAACCAAGACAAAGUGGUGGUUCCAUUAUCAUAAAGGAUCCGUACGAAAAAAUUUUGAAUGAUGGAAGUAGCCACGGCCACAAUACAAUACCUAAAACUGCAUCUCUUGUGGACUGCUACAAUGCUCCUUACAUAAAUUAUGAUCAUGUUCAUGUGAGUCAUAAUAAUAGGGAAAACUCCCCACAACUAAUUAUUCCAAGCUCGGUUGUUCAAGUUGAUGGGACUUAUUCAAUUCGCCUAGCAAUGGAUGCAAACAAAGCAAGAUUGGAAAGUAACACUGGGAAGAGUUUCUAGGUAGAUCUAGCAGCAUGCAUUGACAAUGAUUUAGUUAGAUGUCUUUCAUAUUGUUUCCAUUACUAAUUGCAUGACAGUAUUUAAUUAUAUGUGGGAUUAGAAUGAAGGAAUUCCAAUGGUUGGAAAAAUAAGUUGGCUUAAGAUAUAUACGAUGUGGUGGACUUUUCCAUAAUUGACCCUGGUUGAAGUUGAGACACAAAAAGCAAGGUAUAUUUGCUGUAUGUGGUUUGAUUUUGAUUUUAGUGUAUAUGUGUAUUCGUAAAAUGAAUUUAUAUAUAUAAAUGUUACAAUAGUAGUAGGGUUAUUGUUGAUGUUUAUUGACCACUAAUCAUACUAUGUCAAUAUAUAUUUGUCUAGAAUU